GCGGCGGGGGAACGAGAUGAGCAGCGCCGGCGCCGCUGCAAGAUGCUGGAUGGACACGUCCUGCUGGGAUGGCUCUCCUCCUGCGCGCUCCUAGGGCUGCUCGCCUGCGCCCCGCGGCCCUCCGCUGCCUACUUCGGGCUGACGGGGAACGAGCCCCUGACCAUCCUCCCUCUGACGUCGGAAAUGGAGGAGGCGGCCGCCAAGGCGCACUACAAGGUGUGUGACCGCCUGAAGCUGGAGAAGAAGCAGCGGCGGAUGUGCCGGCGCGACCCCGGCGUGGCCGAGACGCUGCUGGAGGCCAUCAGCAUGAGCGCCCUGGAGUGCCAGUACCAGUUCCGCUUCGAGCGCUGGAACUGCACCCUGGAGGGUCGCUACCGCGCCAGCCUCCUCAAGAGAGGUUUCAAGGAGACAGCGUUCCUGUACGCCAUCUCCUCGGCGGGGCUGACCCACACCAUGGCGUGGGAUUUCCCUCCAUUUCCUGGCAUUUUUUUCCAUUUUGGGCUGGAAUCAGAGCCUGUCCCUGGUGUCCCUGCAGGUUUCAAGGAGACAGCGUUCCUGUACGCCAUCUCCUCGGCGGGGCUGACCCACACCAUGGCGUGGGAUUUCCCUCCAUUUCCUGGCAUUUUUUUCCAUUUUGGGCUGGAAUCAGAGCCUGUCCCUGGUGUCCCUGCAGGUUUCAAGGAGACAGCGUUCCUGUACGCCAUCUCCUCGGCGGGGCUGACCCACGCCAUGGCGUGGGAUUUCCCUGCAUUUCCUGGCGUUUUUUUCCAUUUUGGGCUGGAAUCAGAGCCUGUCCCUGGUGUUUUUGCAGGUUUCAAGGAGACAGCGUUCCUGUACGCCAUCUCCUCGGCGGGGCUGACCCACGCCAUGGCCAAGGCGUGCAGCGCGGGGCGCAUGGAGCGCUGCACCUGCGACGAGGCGCCCGACCUGGAGAACAGGGAGGCCUGGCAGUGGGGAGGCUGCGGGGACAACCUCAAGUACAGCAACAAAUUCGUCAAGGAGUUCCUGGGGAGGAAGCCCAACAAGGACCUGCGAGCCAGGGUGGACUUCCACAACAACCUGGUGGGCAUGAAGGUCAUCAAAGCGGGCGUGGAGACCACCUGCAAAUGCCACGGCGUCUCCGGGUCCUGCACCGUCCGAACGUGCUGGAGGCAGCUCUCCCCCUUCCACGAGAUCGGGAAGCAGCUGAAGCAGAAGUACGAGACCUCGCUCAAGGUGGGCAGCACCACCAACGAGGCCACGGGGGAAGGCGACAUUUCCCCGCCUAAAAAAUCCAUCCCCGGCCACAGCGAUCAAAUCCCAAGGACUACGGAUCUCGUCUACAUCGACGACUCGCCGAGCUUCUGCCUGAUGAGUCGCUACUCCCCCGGCACCUCGGGGCGGAAGUGUUACAAGGACAAGAACUGCGACAGCAUCUGCUGCGGCCGGGGGCACAACACGCAGAGCCGGGUGGUGACGCGCCCGUGCCAGUGCCAGGUGCGUUGGUGCUGCUACGUGGAGUGCAAGCAGUGCACCCAGAGAGAGGAGGUUUACACCUGCAAGGACUGACACAGCCCACGGCCGCCCCCGGGGAUGGGCCAGCUUGGAGAACUGCCUAUGGAGACAAACAGGGUUUGAUUGACCUUCUGGGAUCUGGAAGCUAUGUUGAGACAUAAGCACUUUGUAGGGUACAGGUGACCCAGCUGUGUUGCUGUUUUGUUUUGGGGUUUUCUUGUUUUGGUUUUUUUUUUUGUUUUGUUUUGUUUUUCCUGUAGACUGAAUUUUCAUGAGGUCCAACCAUGUGGAAAUAAGUGCCUGUCACACUGGGGUUAGACACCAGUUGACCUUCACCUUCGUCGUCUACGCGGUUUGACGGAUCAUUUCUCCUUGGAACAUUGUUUCAGCCAUCCUCCAUGAACUCCUGGGCUAAAAUAAUCCCUUUGGCAUAAAUAUCCUGUACUUCUUUAUUCCUGGAGCUCACCCAGCUGCUUAGAGAUCUGAGCAGAUAGAAAAGAUCUUUUUGCUUUGAGUGCGGUGCUACGUGAAGCGGACGUUCAUUUCUCCUAAAACUGCAGAGGGAUUUGUAGGGAAUGAUGGGUUCUUCCAGUGGAGUUUCUGCACAUGGAGCAAACCAGGCUCUGAUAAAGAGACCCCCUGGGAGCAUCAGCUCUUUAGUGACAGCUCCGUAUCCGCGUGCACUGUCACCACGUGCAGCUCGAAAACGUUGGGUCCACCACGCUGCUGACAGAAAUAGACCCAAGAAAGAGGUUGGGAAGACAGCAGAACACCAGACGUGCCUGUCCCCUUCAUCCAAUCCCACGUUCUUUAUUUAAAACAAUUCGCCCAAAUGCAGAUUCUUUAGCACUAUUGCUGUCUUAAAUUUAUUUUUUUUUUAAACCACUAGAUACUUUUGUUUCAUUUUUCACUUCGCGCAUGUUUUUUCUCUCCUCUUCCCGCCUCUUGCUGAUGGAGAUCAACCUGUGGUAACUGCUUCAGAAAUCCCAACUGGAACUUGUUGAGUCUUAUGCCAGCUGAAUUUGGGCGUUUCUCUUGAGUAGGACAAGAGGAAUCCAAAUUUCUCAGUCUCGGAACUUGGGCUGCCUUGCAUUGUGGAGCAGCUGUUUUGGCCUGGAUCAGACCUCUGGAGGAGUUGACUUUUCUUUCCUAGGUCAUCAUUCCAUUUACUCUAAACCAUGGCAGUGGUACAUGACACAAGCUGUAUGUAAACCCUAUGACCUUAAGAUGAAUUUUUUUUUUUUUUUUUUUUUAACCACUAGAUCCAGAACUGUAUUUUAAAAACACACCUGCUAAAUCCUAACAAACUCGUGGAUUUGGAAUAAACCAAUUGACACAGAGGCAACCUGAGAGAAGCCAGAAAUUUGACUGCAGGGGUUGAUCACUCCAAUGCUGUGAAACACACGACCAUCUCCAGCAUUUCUUUUUCACUUGGAAGAGGAGUUUUGCAAUCCAGGACUUGGUGUGCCAAUAUUAUUAAUAUAAAAGUGGAUUGGAGGCAGCCAGUGAAUGCCUGAACGAAGCUUUCUAAGGAAAAAAUGGGGAGCAGAGGGUGUUUUGUUUGAUUUUUGGUAGCAGUUUUUGAUUAUCCAGUAGUAGCAAUUUCCACCAAGUUUCUGUAAGCCAUUAAUCUAGUGUUCAAAAGAGGAGAUUCUCAAGCAUUAGUAAAAAUUAGUGA